AUGAAACAGGACGAGUACAUCAUGGACACGAAUGAUAGCAGCAUUGUUUCGAAGAGAAGCGUGGCGAGGUUCUACCUCCACAACGAGCCGGAUCUCUACGAAUCGUUUGUGAAGAAGUUUCAGCGGAGACACCCGCUUAUAAAUAGGGGAUACUGGCUACGGAUUCAGGCUAUUGACUAUGGUGUACUUUACUUUCUACGACAGCCGAGUCCCGGUUCCAGGAAGAAGGUGAUCGUGAACCUUGGCUGUGGCUAUGAUCCGCUGCCCUUCAGGUUCUGGCACAAUCAUCCAGCACUGCGUAAAGACACGAUCUUUGUAGAUGUUGAUUAUCCCCAGCUAUUGCAGGAGAAGAAACAAAUGAUACUUGAGAGUGAUGUGCUUGGAGCAUCCUUUCCACCGGGAGAUCUUGUCCCCUCGGAAGGAGACGUCCUCCUGAAGCAUCCACACUACCUGGCCGUUGGCUGCGAUCUUCACCAGCUCGUUAAACUAGAGCAAGUAUUGGAAGAAGAACUCAGCUUCUCCGAGCAGUCAAUACUCUUCGUCGCUGAAGUGUCCAUUGCGUACAUGAGCGUAGAAGGCGCAGAUGCAGUCAUCCGCUGGGCGAGCUCUUUCGAAGACAGCCAGUUCUGCUUGCUUGAGCAAUGUCUACCAGAUGGACCUGACCACCCAUUCGCUCAGACAAUGAUCAAGCACUUCGACAAGCUCCGGACUCCGCUUCGCAUCAUACGUGAUUACCCGACUCUUGCAGAUCAGCGUUACCGCUUUAUGAACUCUGGGUGGCCGCAAGUAGACCUAACCAGUCUAUGGAAUUUCUGGAGCAACGACCACUGCAUUCCCCCUGAGCAGAGACGUUCUCUCGACGCUUAUGAACCUUUCGACGAAUGGGAAGAAUUCGCACUGUUCGGUAGUCACUACUUCUUGUUGAUUGCUGGGAAGGCGGAUCAUGUCCGCCCGCCCUUAGAAUACUUCAUAGCGUCCCGUGAGCCAUGCGUGCGGACCCGGUCUACAGCAAUGAGAGCAAGCGGGCCCUCCGAUGGACGAAGCAGGCCGAAUUAUACUGUCCGUUCAGCCGACAGUGACGAUCGCCGCCGCUACGCCGCCGCCUUUAUUCUAAAUAACACGGCAGUAGCUCUCCAUGGCGGUCUCGGCGCACAGGCUCGAGUGAACACCUGCCAGAUUUAUCCAAGGAACGUGUCGUUACCAGAGAACGUGGAUGGACCGCCCCUUCCAGAAUCACUGAUGUGUCAUACCAUCACCAAUCUGAGUCAUGACGAAUGUGUCAUGGUCGGCGGACGAACGUCUCCAAGUCACGCGAGCUCUCAAUGCUGGUUUAGGGGACAGGGCCAGUGGAAAGAAGUACAGCCUCUACUGCCUGGACGGUACCGGCAUUGUGCGGUGAAGGUGCACGUCAAUACUCCAGAAGGCCCCAUCGCCGGUGUUCUUGUUUAUGGCGGCAAAUCCAGUACUGGCGAGGUUCUGUGCGAUUGGAAUCUUUGGACUCCCACAUCCGGUUGGAAGCAAGUUCCAAUCUAUCCCGAUGACAUGCCCGCGCGGUUUGGAGCCGCGCUUGCCACAACAAAUGCCGAACUGACCGAAGGGACCCUAUUCGGUGGUUUAUCAGCAGGCGGCGAAUACGUCACGGACUGCUGGAUUUGGCGGCUGCAUGUCGAGGAGUUUCCAGUGAUCAGCUGCGCCGAAGUCAGCGGCACCAUACCAAAAACUUUGCGUAGGUUUGGCGCCAGCCUCGUCCACUCCAGAUGGGGACUACUGCUUGUUGGAGGUGUGUCACAAUCCGGCUGCCUCAAGAGGGAGGACGAGGUAGCUGUUGUAGAGGUGAACAUGGAAGAGCCAAGAGUGGAGGUUAGGAGCCUAGAUAUCAUCCCCGCCGGAUUGCCACGUCCCCUGUUGAUCGGCUCAAGCGCUGCAACCCUCGCAAACGGCGAUGUGAUCGUUGCUGAAGGCGGAGCAGUCUGCUUCUCUUUCGGCAGCUUCUGGAAUACUGGAUAUCUCCGACUCACUAAAGGGGACGAUCACAUCACAUCAGCCAAGGAAGUUCAAGAGCCUCUACCUCUGCCAUGCAGCGAAAUAUCAGGACAUGCCACUCGAAGGAUUGAACUCAACAAUUCCGGGGAUGCUGCUUCAUUACUAGCGACAAGCGGUUCAUUUCGCAAUGGCACACAUGAUAAUCUCCCAACUAAAUCACCUGAUGGUCCGGUUGCUGAUCUUGUUGCUGAGCAGCCGUGGUUAUCUGCGAACCUACCACAAGUAACUGCAGUAUCGCGGAUACAUGUAAAUACAGAACAGGACUUUGACGGGUUGUUAACCAGUCGACAGCCUGCCAUUAUCGAAGGGCUCGACAUCGGCUCAUGUACUCGACUCUGGACACUCGAUUACCUAGAAGACUGCAUCGGUGCUGACCGCCCGGUCAUCGUACACUCUUGCCCUACAGAGCGCAUGACGUUCCAAACGAAGAACUUCUCAUAUACCAAGCAAGCCUUCGGAGAAUUCCUGAAGGCUACAAAGUCUGGUGAGAAGCUUUACCUCCGAUCAGUAGCUUCUAAACAGCCGGCGAAACAUCCGACAAACCUAGAGAAGGACUUCCCCGCCAUUGCGGCGGACUUCAAGCUGCCACCGCAACUAGCCAAAGUAACGGAGACUAUGCACAGUUCUCCCUUGAGAAUCUCAGGCCCCGUCACGCUGUGGCUACACUACGACGUAAUGGCGAACGUCCUAUGCCAAGUGCGCGGCACGAAGACUCUGAGGCUCUACCCACCUGCAGACGUCCUGCAUCUGGCCUUCCCACCAGGAGCGUCAAGCUCGAAUAUCAAUGUCUUCACGUCCAACCAUGCUCCAUUGAGGUUCACGCACCCGCACGAAGCGGCGCUACGACCUGGAGACGUGCUCUUCAUCCCACCUUUGUGGGCACAUACCGCGACUCCGACGGAUGGCGUGAGCGUGGCCGUGAACGUCUUCUUUCGCAAUCUGGAAGAGGGAUAUGCCGCUGGGAGAGAUGUGUACGGUAACAGGGAUUUGCAAGCCUACGAAAACGGUAGGAGGGAUGUUGAGAAGAUCGUGAAGGCUUUUGAGGGGGUGCCGAAGGAUAUGGGUAGGUUCUACUUGGAGAGACUUGUUGCGGAGUUGAAGGAGAAGGCAGGGCUUUAG